GAAAUUUUAAUAUUUGAGGAGGGAUAACGGGGGAUGGGGGAAUAGAGCUAGGCUUAUCCUUUUCACCAGAACGGGUACGCAUUCAUGUAUAAGAUAAUCUAAAUAAUCUCCAUAAGGGCCUAUUUAUCCUUGCCAGUGAAGGAAAAUGAUAUUUCCAUAAGGAAGCCCUAAUUUAAAACAGGUUCGUCGUUUAUUUUCAAAAAUCAUACCCUAUUUCGCGUGUUCUGGUCGUUUCAAAUAGUUUUCCUUUGUCUUGUUAAACUUUUACUGCCCAAAUUACUUGACGUUGUGAAUAAGAUAGAAACUUAAACAGUUUGUAUAAUAAUAUGCACUAUAAAUUUAAAUAAUGAAUUUAUACUCCUUUUUUUUCCUGUUCGAUUAUUGCAACAGCGCAUAAAGUAAGAAAAAAGUACUGAAAUAAUGAUCAAAAAUUAAAGUUGAACUGUAUAUCUAACUACUGAUACUAGAAGUAUUGUCAAUAAAACUGCAUUAAACAGUUGCAGCAAACAGGAAAGAUGACUAGAAUUCAGCCACGUGAGAAGUCUUAGCCAAUUGCACUGCAGCUUUGUUGGCACGUGCCAUAAUUCUUUUCAACCAUGGUUGUGGUUUUCGUUUGGCUCUCGUCAAUGUACUCGCCAUGGUAGCAUUGAUUACGCAUUAUUAUCCGACACCUCGAUUUUAAUUACAAUAAGCUUUUGCAAAGGACGGUGAGGUCAAUUUUAAACCACACAAGUCUUGAUAACUUUCCGCAUACCCUGCAGUGUACAUGCAAAUUGAUUCCCAAGACCCCGUUUAGUUAUUUUUCCAAUGUGAACAGCUGCUGUUUUUGAGACGUGGUUUGAAGCUUGCGAACUUUUGGUUUGCGAGUCUUCGUUGCCUUAAACCCACUGUUUAUUAUUUUAGGAAAAUUGCAUCAGAUAAUAUCCCCACCUUCGUUGUAAUGACUUGCUAUACCUCCUUCGUAACCACAGCUUUAAUUUUAUGACCGAGAAUUACUCCAGAUUGGUUUGGGGUGUGAAAGGCAUUACUGUAAGAGCUUUUCUGCUUCCGUGGAAGACAUUAAUAGGUUCCUUCUUCGAAAUGUUGUGCCCCUUCGUUCUGCAUCAUUUAACUAUAUUACUUUACGAAUUCCCUUUUUACUGAACGGGCUGUGACAUAAUAUUUGAAAUAUAAAUUUAUCAGUUGCGACAGUGAACUGUCAAUUGGUCAGGAAUUCAUCUCGAAUCAAAUAUCCAGGUGUCAGUAAUGUCGUUAGUGGCAUAUCUACAUUAUCAUGUGUAAAUCGCUCUUAGAAAUGGAUAUUAACCUUGUCUUCAACUUAUAUAAAAACUCUUUAUUAAUACAGUACGAGCUUAAAUCGGACACACUAGAGAGAUUAUGAAUUCUAAAACAUUAAAAGGAUAAUACAUAUACUUUCUUGGCCCUCAUAAAACUUACAGCUGAGAAUGAAAGGAACUUACUCUUACAAAAUAUCAAAUCUUGCCUUUACUUAAGUCUUUUUGCGUGUAUAAAACUGCUGACAAACCGCGAAAUUAUGUUAAUAAUACUGUGUACAAACUGUUUACUACAUCAAAUAUAAGGUGACAAUUUAUAACUAUAACUACUUUCUUAUUAACAAAAUCUCUGCAAUCAAUGCCGUUCCUGGUGCUUUUUUUUUAAUUAAAGAAUUUUAAAAACUCAUUACUUGAUACGUAAUACAUUCAUAAAAUCUCGCUCAUGUCACGUACUGCAAGGUUUUUUACCCACUCUGCUAUUGGUUGAAUUGUAUAAAUUAUUUGAGCGGCGAUUCGUCAAUUUCCUGUUUUCAAGUGUAUUAUUCACUUCAAUUGUAGAAGGUCUAGUUGGUGAAAGCAUUGCUUGGAAGUUAUGACAGCGUAUACAAAGUGACAUGUGUCUCUCGCAGUUAACAAUGUUUUUCUGCUAGUAGUUAUAUACCUGUUUCAUAAAAGAAAUUUCAAUUUAAAUAUUUUUUGUUCAGUUAUUACAGUUUUCCUCCAAGGAUAUGCUAUUCUGUGUAUGUGGAUUUGUUUGCAGCUCAGCCCAGAAAACACCAGAUUACUCAGCAUGGGGUCUAUGUCCUCCCACAGCUCAACCAUGUUUACAUUAUUUAGAAACUAGCCCCGAACUGAAUCGUAAAACAAUCAUCUGCAAGACUUCUGGUAGUGGACACUUUGGAACCAAGAAAACUCCACCUAGGAGAGUAGAUGAUGAUGAUGCUUUAAAACGAACUCGCCUGAACAACAGUCAGUAUGAACUGUCUCAGGACUUGCAGGAUAAACAAGUAGAAAUGCUAGAGAGGAAGUAUGGUGGUGUGUGUGCUCGAAAAGCAGCCCUAACAAUUCAGCGUGCAUUCCGAAAACACUGCAUGAGUAAACGGUUUCAGCAACUCACCCAUCCAGGGAAGAAAGAAUGUCGAACUUCUCGACGAUUUACUAACACUAAAUCAGAAGGAAAACAUUGGUUGUCUACUAGUGACCACAGCAGUUGUUCUGAGGCGAUGGACAAUGGUGCCUUUUAUGGGAAAGAUAAAGAUUUAGAGAAUGAUCUGUGUAUGAGACACUCACUUGCUUAUAUUGAUGCUGUGGUGAAGUCCAAUCUCUCUACUUUGUGUCGCAAUUUAGGUGAAAAAUCACAAAUCCAAAACUUUUAUUCAUCUAAUCGCCACUUAAGACUAUCUGAUGCAAGUCCACAUAGAUAUGUAUUAGAUUUUCCUUCAUGCACCACAGUAUCUACCAGCUCCACAAGUUUUCCUGAACACGUGGUUCCCUCUUGUGAUAUGUUUAACAAUGUAGAUGAUUCUGUGUCAGAAGUUAAUCAUCUUCCUGCAACACUAGAUGAUAAUAGUAUAUACCACACACCUCCAAUGAAUGUGCAACCUUCCUCUUGUAUUCCUUAUCACUCAUACCGGACAGCAGUGCAAAAGAGUGGUGGGAAAAGAUAUAUUCCAUCAAAAAGUGGACCAAUUUUGUUUCCCAAUCCUAGUCAGUCAACACCAUCCAGUAGGAUUUCUGAACAGUUCUAUACUCCUAGACAGUCACUUUCAUCAGAGGAAAACACAAUAAGCAGUAGUAAUACUGGAGACCCGAGCAUUGAUUCACUAAGUGAAGAUAGUCAACAACUAAACAAAGCUUCUUCAGCCAGACGUUCUGUUAAUGUCUCUAUGGGAUACACUUUUCAAUUGACUGAAAACCAGCCUCACAGAACACCUGGCAGAACUUGUGAUUAUGUCAUUGAAAGGAAAUGUGGCCAACCGUAUGUGGACCAUAGAAGGGUUUCAUCUCAGGAAAGUAGAAAACCCACUAUUGUUCCAAACCAUGAGAUGAAAUAUCUAAGUAAAUCUACUAAGUGGCCAAACCAAACACUAGGGCAAAAGUCAAGAGAAUCAAACUACAGUUAUGAACCACAUUCAGUCCACAACAAAGCUGUAGGAGUAGAUGAUAAGAGCAGACAGACUGCCAGAAAAUGCAGUAUAGAAUACUCACCCACUUGGAAUAGAAAAACUCUCACAAUGGCUGAACAAGUGCUUCUUGAGGGCCAAGUGGAUGAUAGAAGGUUGGGUAAUAUCUCAGAAAAUAGUGAAGAUAGCCUAGAGAGUGCAAGUUAUUCAACCUCUCCACCAGUUUCAUCUUCAGAUGCCUUUUCAGCAAAUAAUUACCCAGAGUGGGCUACUGCACAAGAAACAGUUUCAACAUCAUUACUCUAUAAGUCGCAAGUUUCUGAACUCCAAAGAAAACGUCAGUAUCGGGUGGGUCUGAAUCUGUUCAACAAAAAACCAGAAAGAGGAAUUAAUUAUCUGAUCCACAGCAAUUUCUUGGAAUCAACACCUAAAGCUGUAGCACGAUUCCUUAUCUCAAGAAAAGGGCUGAGCAAGCAGAAUAUUGGAGAAUACCUUGGAAACCUUCAAAAUAAUUUCAAUUCAACAGUACUAGAAUGUUUUGUUGAAGAGGUUGAUCUCGCUGGGAUGCAAGUUGAUGUCGCUCUCAGGAAGUACCAAACUUUCUUCAGAAUGCCAGGUGAGGCCCAGAAAAUUGAGAAGCUAGUAGAAGUCUUCAGUAAUAGGUACAUAGCAUGUAAUCGAGAUGUAGUAUCAAAAUUUCAGAACCCAGACACAAUCUUUAUUCUUGCUUUUGCUAUCAUCAUGUUGAACACUGAUCUUCAUACACCAAACCUGAAAGCUGAUAAACGUAUGAAACUUGAAGAUUUCAUAAAAAACCUGAGAGGAAUUGAUGACGGCCACGACCUUGACAGGGACAUGCUAGUAGGAAUCUAUGAAAGAAUCAAAACAAGCGAAUUUAAACCAGGAUCUGAUCAUGUGACCCAAGUCCUAAAGGUCCAACAGACGAUAGUAGGUAAAAAGCCAAACCUUGCACAACCUCACAGAAGACUAGUCUGCUACUGCCGGCUCUAUGAAGUUUAUGACAUUAACAAAAAAGAAAGAGCAGGAAUCCAUCAAAGAGAAGUGUUCUUGUUUAAUGACACUCUUAUGGUUACAAAAAUCUUCAGCAAGAAGAAAACCAGCAUCACAUAUACGUUUAGACAAUCUUUCCCCUUGUGUGGGAUGAGUGUUACCCUCUUUGAAGCACCCUAUUAUAUGCACGGAAUUCGACUUGCACAAAGGCUUAACAACAAAGUUUUGGUUACAUUCAAUGCCAGAAAUGAACAUGACCGUAGCAAGUUUGUGGACGAUUUGAAGGAGUCAAUUUUAGAGAUGGAUGAAAUGGAAAACCUUCGGAUAGAAACAGAACUUGAGAAACAGAAAUCUCUGAGAAGCAGAACAGUAGAAAACAGAGACUCUGGAGUAGCUGACAUAGUAAUUUUCCCAACAAAUAGCCAAGAGAAUAUUAGGCUUUCACCUGAUAGGCAGUCUUCAAACCUAAAACGGUCAACUUUAUCUAAUUCUCUACUUGACCUUCAUGACCAACAGAUGAACAAGCCUAUUCGAAGAGGUAGUGCAGGUUCUCUGGACAGUGGAAUGUCAGUGUCUUUCCAGUCGUCUUCAGCAAGUACGGGGAGUCAGGAUUCGCAAUCACAAGCCGUGGCCAGUAACCGGACACACGUCCCUCUACAACAGGGAACCAUGGGAACCCCUAGUGAGAGAUUUGUAAAUCAGCAAGGCUUUCUUGGAGGGCUGUUUGGAAAAAAGAUCAAGACUCCCAUUAGAAGAGUCGUAGUACGAACUGCCGAUAGUACAGAUGUUUGAAAAACAUUAACUCUUAUACAAAAUCAAAUUGUUUCCUUGAGUUGAUCGAUCAUGGGAUGAAAUGUCAAUGGAAAAACGAAGUGAACUCGAAGAAGUCAUAAUAAUAAAAUAUGAUGAAAAUAUACAGUAAUACCGAAAUAAUAUCUACUGCAGUUUAGUCCCCUAACUCUUGUGCUUUGCUAUUGCUAUCUCUUCUAUUGGAAAAGAAUGUAAGUGAUGAAGCACAUUAACACUGAACUCGUUUUCAGGGUAUACUGUAAUAGAGUGAUUCAUUUUUUCCCUUGAUAUUUCGACUUGUUUAGUGGAAGCAGUUAAUUUGUAUUUAGAAUGAACGGUGGCAUUUUUUCCCAAAGAUUCUGUAUAAUGUACGAGUUUAAGUUAUGUUUUAAGAGACCCCGUGUUCCAUUAUUUUAAUUUCACUGUUAGAGUGCGUCGGACUUUUGCAAAAGGUGUGUUAUAAAAUACGCCUGUAUAUACACAAAUCUAAAAGAGGAGAAAGGGUUAUUGUAAAGCUUUCGAGUACAAUAGUGUUAUUGUAUAGGUGAAAUUCUGUAAAUACAUGUAGGUCUGCCUUCUCGUACUGUAACAAAUUUAAUUUUUUCUUAGUUUUUAGUAUUAUUCUUUCUUGAACGUUUAACUGAAAUACGAAAAACGAUAUUUCUAUGAAUUAGCAUGAUAAUCGUCUUAUUGUAUGGACAAUUGCAUGAGCCUGAGUAUAUUACAAAUUACUUGGGCCGGGCGUAGUGGUUGGCGCAUCAGGCUGCGGAUCGAGAUGUUUGAAGUUCGUGCCGCUGAACGCGCUCCAAACUUUUAGCUGUGGGGACGUUAUAACAGUGACAGUCAGACCUGUUCUCCAAUUUGAAAAGCCGGCAAAGCUCUUGUGACAACUCGUGCUGCUGUCUGGUAGCCGCCCUUCCGUCUGGCCAGUCCCUAAAUCCUAGGGGUCUCUGACCUAGCCGUUUAGCUCUCGUGCGCAGAAAGUGGCCUUCAAAUUGAAAAUUCCAAUUCCAUGAAAUAUUACACAGUACUUAGGACCAGCUUAAUCGUAUAUGUUGUUAUAAUUAUGACGAGUGUAUAAUGCAUAGCCUACAUGUCAGCCAUAACAGGUAAUACAAUUAUUUCAUUGUUCUAAACGACCCAGUUAGUGAAAAUUUGUAUGAUAUGACAAAUAAAAAAUAUAGCAAAAAUUUAUUGUAUUUUAGUAAUCCGCUGAGGUAUAAAGUAGAGUUUAAAAAAGAAAUACUUAAUUCAUAAAAAAAACAAACAAUAAUAACACAUCAGCAUAGUAAUACACAAGUGAUUAAAGAAUAAUAAUGAAUUAAUAAACUAUUUAAAGGAAGAUUGUUGUCUGGCAUAAAGUAAGAAACAUGCCAGAGCAGGUUUUCUGAUGUAUAGUAAACAAUAUGAGGGUUUUGCUUUCACGUACUUUAAAUGAAAUAAAUAUAAAUCAGGAUUGAAUUUUUCGCACGUUUUAAACUGUCAGUGAGAAGUAAUUUGUUAAAUAAAUAUGGCGAUUGAUGGAAUAAUUUUACGAA